UCCCCUCCCGGCCCCCAAUCCUCUCUCAGUCCCACUCUGAAAGUCUGAAACGGGCCAAAGGGGAGAAAGCCGUCUCGUCGCCGGUUCGUCUGCGCCUUCACUGCUGUCGCUUCGUCUGUGCCUCUGUCGGCGUCUGUUGUCUCCGUUCGCGUCGCGUCGUCCCUGCGCCUUCACUGCGUCACCUCGCCGGUCUGCGUCACCUGGCCUUCACUGUUUCACUCCAUUCCUUCUUUGUGGUUUGAGCGAAGCCGUCAAAAACCAUAUCUGAUUUUAUGCAUAUUUAGGACUUUCAGGGCAAACAACCCAGUUAUUCAUCAAUGACAAAUGAUUCUUUGUCAACUUGGAAAGGAGUUAACAGGUUAAACCAGUGAUCUAGUAGUCUGACCGGUUCAAUCACCGGUUCGGUUCUGACAACUAUGCACACAAACACCAUCUUCUGAAUCAUUCAUCCAAUGCUGAUGAGUUCCACCGUGAAGCAAACCCAGCAGCUGUCCCCAAAUCAUGGCCUCUUCUCUCUCCGUGGCGCACUUCUCACCCUCGCCAUUCUCACCCUUCUCUCCUUCACAUUUCUCUCCCUCAAGUACUCCACCCCUUCCCCUCAGAUCUCUGUAGCAAAGCUUGUGGAUCCUGAAGUGAAGGAACACAAUGAUGAGGAAGAAGGAGGAGAAGAGUUGUCUGAUAUAUACCACUCGCCGCGAGUUUUCAAGCUGAAUUACGCGGAGAUGAUGGAGAAGUUCAAGGUUUAUAUAUAUCCUGAUGGAGAUCCCAAGACAUUUUAUCAAACACCUAGGAAGCUCACUGGGAAAUAUGCCAGUGAGGGAUAUUUCUUCCAGAACAUUCGGGAGAGCAGGUUCCGAACCCUCGAUCCGGAUCAGGCGCACCUCUUCUUCAUACCAAUCUCCUGUCAUAAGAUGCGUGGCAAGGGCACAUCUUAUGAUAAUAUGACAAUAAUUGUCCAAAAUUACGUGGAGGGCUUAAUAGCCAAAUAUCCUUAUUGGAACAGAACCUUGGGUGCUGAUCACUUCUUUGUCACUUGUCAUGAUGUUGGUGUAAGGGCAACAGAAGGGCUUCCAUUUCUUAUCAAGAAUACCAUUCGAGCAGUGUGCUCCCCUAGCUAUGAUGUUGGAUUCAUUCCACACAAAGAUGUUGCUCUCCCUCAAGUACUACAGCCCUUUGCUCUUCCAGCUGGAGGGAAUGAUAUAGAGAACAGGACUAAUCUUGGAUUUUGGGCUGGUCAUCGUAACUCUAAGAUUAGAGUCAUUCUUGCACGUGUAUGGGAAAAUGACACUGAACUUGACAUUUCUAACAAUAGAAUUAGUAGGGCUACUGGACAUCUGGUAUAUCAGAAGAGAUUUUACAAGACCAAGUUUUGUAUAUGCCCUGGUGGUUCACAGGUUAAUAGUGCUCGAAUAGCCGACUCUAUCCAUUAUGGAUGCAUCCCUGUGAUAUUAUCAAAUUACUAUGACCUCCCUUUUAAUGACAUUGUUGACUGGAGAAAAUUUGCUGUUGUACUCAAGGAGAGUGAUGUAUACCAACUAAAACAGAUCCUCAAAAAUAUAUCACAUGCUGAGUUUGUAUCACUUCAUAAUAAUUUAGUCAAGAUUCAGAAACACUUCCAAUGGAAUACACCACCUAUAUCAUAUGAUGCAUUUCAUAUGGUAAUGUACGACCUCUGGCUACGCCAUUACACGAUCAAAUACUGAUGAUAUGAAGACUCAUUUGUUUUGUAUGCAUCAUACAGUUUUAGUAACCCCAAAGAGAAAUACUUCAAAUAUUCAGUUUAAAAUUUUGUUCUAUAACAGCUGGUUUUCCAAUACUCUUGCACCCUUAACAAUUCUUUAUUUAUUCAUUUGCCGUGAGAAUCUUGCUUGCGAUGAAAAUAGUGCUAGGCCAUGACUGUUAAAUGAUUGUGCUAUAUUACAUACCCUAACUUAAUCUAUGUUGAGUUGUGUUUUUUCCA